AUGCCGUCUUCAAGCCCCGCCGCCUGCACAUCCCCCGACCCUAACAAGGAGACCUCAAGUAAGAAGGUCCAGUGGGCUUCGGGGAAGAGGAGGCUCUCCUCCACAGACUCGGAGUCAAAGGAUCCCUCCAAAGUGUCCCGGGCCCGGAGACCCAGCCGGCUGACGGUGAAGUAUGACCGAGGGCAGCUCCAGAGCUGGCUGGAGAUGGAGCAGUGGGUGGAUGCGCAAAUUCAGGAACUCUUCCAGAAUCAACCGACCCUGAGUGAACCUGAGAUUGACUUGGAGGUGCUCAUGGACCUUUCCACAGAGGAACAGAAGACUCGGUUAGAGGAUAUUCUCCGAAACAGCCCCUGCCCCACAGAGACUUUUAUUUCUGAGCUGCUCAGUCGACUCAAGAAACUCCGGAGACUCAGUCGGCCUCAGAAGUGA